AUGAACAGGACCAUGGCUCCAUUGCUGCUUGCAGCGUCGAUACUCUUCGGGGGCGCUGCUGCACAACAGACUGUCUGGGGACAGUGUGGAGGUAUUGGUUGGAGCGGACCUACGAGUUGUGCUCCUGGAUCAGCUUGUUCUACUCUCAAUCCUUAUUAUGCGCAAUGCAUUCCGGGGGCCACUAGUAUCACCACCUCGACCCGACCCCCCUCCGGUCCAACCACCACCACCAGAGCCACCUCAACGACCUCAUCUCCUCCACCGACCAGCUCUGGAGUUCGAUUUGCUGGCGUUAACAUCGCGGGCUUUGACUUCGGAUGUACCACAGAUGGCACUUGCGUUACAUCGAAGGUUUAUCCUCCGUUGAAGAACUUCACUGGGGCAAACAACUACCCGGACGGUAUCGGCCAGAUGCAGCACUUCGUCAACGAUGAUGGGAUGACUAUUUUCCGCCUACCCGUCGGAUGGCAGUACCUCGUAAACAACAAUCUGGGUGGAACUCUCGAUUCCACCAGUAUCUCGAAGUAUGAUCAGCUCGUUCAGGGGUGCCUGUCUCUCGGUGUAUACUGCAUCAUCGACAUCCACAAUUAUGCUCGAUGGAACGGUGGAAUCAUUGGCCAGGGAGGCCCUACAAAUGCCCAGUUUACCAGUCUUUGGUCGCAGUUGGCAUCGAAGUACGCGUCUCAGUCGAGGGUGUGGUUCGGAAUAAUGAAUGAGCCCCACGACGUGAACAUCAACACUUGGGCUGCCACGGUUCAAGAGGUCGUCACUGCAAUCCGCAACGCCGGUGCUACGUCGCAAUACAUUUCUCUGCCUGGAAAUGAUUAUCAAUCUGCGGCAGCUUUUAUUUCCGAUGGCAGUGCAGCCGCCCUGUCUCAGGUAACGAACCCUGAUGGAUCAACAACGAAUCUAAUCUUCGAUGUCCACAAGUACUUAGACUCGGACAACUCCGGUACUCACGCCGAAUGCACUACAAACAACAUCGACGGCGCCUUUGGUCCUCUCGCCACUUGGCUUCGACAGAACAACCGCCAGGCUAUUCUGACGGAAACCGGCGGUGGCAAUGUUCAGUCCUGCAUCCAAGAUUUGUGCCAACAGAUCCAGUACCUCAACCAGAACUCAGAUGUCUAUCUUGGCUAUGCUGGCUGGGGUGCCGGUUCAUUUGAUAGCACUUAUAUUCUGACGGAAACGCCUACUGGAAGCGGUAACUCGUGGACGGACACAUCCCUAGUUAGCUCGUGUCUCGCCAGGAAGUAA